GAGGGGGAGGUUGGCUCACUCUAGUUAUGAGGUUUGUCUUUUGAUUGGAACUGAAGAUUCCUCUAUUUCUUAUUCCUGGACUCUCCCACCCCCACCAUAGCCAAAAGGGGACCUCCUAGGAACUCCUCCUUCUUUCCUAGAUUAUCCAACAACUCCACAAAGACCAAUUGAACCUCUACAUGGAGAAAGAUAAGUUGAAGAGGGCUGGAGAAUUGGAUUCCCUUAGAGGUCGACAAAGCCAACUCCAGGCCCAGGUGGAGAUGUGUAAGGACAAGAUUGCUGCUGUGGAGGUCAGAGAGCAAGAACUCCUGGAUCAGAAUCAAAGACUGCAGUAUGAGCUGGACAAGGAACAAGAAGAGGUGAAGCGGUUACAGCUAUUGUUGACUACCCAGGGAACACUGUAUGAUCACCAGCUGAAGAAGAAGGAGCAAGAGCUAUGGAAGCUCAAGGAGAAAGUCCAGGUGCUUGGAGAACGGCGAGACAAAAGGGCUUCUAUUGACAUUCUCAAUACCUUGAACUGGAUGGAUGGAAAGCGGACCCAGUGGAGGGCAGACAAGGCUGACAACAAGAAGGAAGGAGAGCUGUUCCGGACUGUGGUGGCAAACCUAGAACAACAAGUUGCAGAAAUUUCCCAGGAGAAUAAAAAAAUGAAACAGUUUUUAGGCCAAUUGGAUAGGGAUGUGAUCAAUCUUCUGAAUCUCCCUCAAAGUGACCCUUCUGAGGAUAAUGGAGAAGGAGCUGCAGUUGACAAUGGUGAUAUAAUAUGGGAACACUGGAAUUCCCUCAAAAAGGAAGUAGAAAGGCUGAAAGGAAAUGCCUCAGAAGAAUGCCUCUGCAGGGACCCCAUGACUAUCAUCACAGAUCAGGAUAAAGAGUUGGCUCAACUGCGUCAGGAGAUCCAGCAGAGCCGGGACCUGAUUGUGUGGCAACAACAGUGCUUCCAGGACCAGAUAAACCAAGCAGAGGAACUUCCCCAAGACACCACAGGCUCAUAUUUCUUGGAAGAGCAGCUGCAGCUUCAGGAGGCAAAGGCACUAUUUGCUCGGCAGCAGGCUAAUUUUGAAUUAGAACGGCAUCGUUUUACAGAGGCUGCCAUCCGUCUGGGGCAUGAACGUCGCUGCUUUGAGCAGGAACGGGCCAUGUUCAUGAAGGACUGGCUGCUUGAACAGCCACCAAGUCAUUCCCAAGGGAAUCCCCAACUUUGUUCAGAUUUAUCAGCUCCUCAAACUCCAGAACAAGAGCUAUGCCUAAAGAAUCCUGGAAUCACUCUUUUUUCCACAAGCAAUCAAAGAUUGGACAGAAAUCCUUCUGGUGAAAAAGCUUAUCAGGACCCCCCAAUAUAUAGACUCUUUAAGAAGCUUCCUGGUAGGCCUUCUCCAAUAAUCAAUUGUUUUUAUGCAAAAGGUAGACAUGAAGAUGCGCAGUCUUUUUAGGGGACAGUGGGAGUCAAAAGGGCAUUUUAAUCAUUGUGUGUUAAUAAAAAAUUGUGUCAAUAAAGAGAUUCUACUUUUCUA